AAUAUUCUUUUUAGUCUCGCGGACAAAAAUGGCCGCAGUGUUGUCUUCGUGCUUGAGGAGUGUGGUGUAAGGAUUUUACAGUUUUUACAAAGAGUUUCACGUAAUUAAUAAACAUAAUUCUAAUUUUUGUAACAACAGUUUCGUGUAGAUUAGGUCAGGAUCGUUUGACACGAUGUCUGAAAGUACUAGCCCUAGUGUAAUAAGUUAUCUAAGACAGUACAGGUUCCAAAGGAAACCUACACCUGGACCCAGUAGUUCCUUGACAGUGACCUCAUCUCCAUCUGGCUCUCAACACAUAAUAAGGAUGCCAGCCCCAACAACCAAUAGAAAUGCACCAAUAGUAUACAAGCGCAUAAGGGUCCAAGACUCAGACUCAGAUGAGGCGUCCCCUGCUAAGAAACAAACUGUGGUUGUGGAACUGACCACUGCAGUCAAAGAGAGAAGAUUCAGGAAUAUGAUGGAGAUGUUCCCUGAUAUAUCACCACUACUGGUAAAAACCACACUCGUAAGACACGGCUGGAACGAAGAGAGAUCGAGAGACGAACUGCUUAAAUAUGACCCAGAAAGUGAAACCAGCAAUCCGGUAUCGCGACCAGGUUUCUCCGGUCAGCUGGCGCGGUCUAAUGGGUUGAGUGUGUUGCGGGUGACCAGUGGCGUGACCAGUGGUGCGUCCAGUGGACAGGGCUUGGUGGUUAGGAGGACGCUCGCCGGCAAGGGGGGGCGAGCGCGGCGCGGCAGCAGCGGAAGUGAGGAUGACGAUUACGGAGUGAGGAAGGGGAAGGACGACAGGGUGUACGAUAGUGAUGACUCUGACAACGAAGUGACAGAUGACUUGAUCGGAGACAAAAGGAAAGUGUUUGAGUUCCUUAACACAAGCAGUAUGAAUGAGCUGUCCCUGCUCAGUGGGUGUUCUCAGAAGAAGGCUGAAGCGAUCAUCGCACAGAGACCUUUCAGAGGAUGGCUAGAUAUGGUAGAAAAAUUCAACUGCAAUAAAAUGCUAAGCACUGACCUCCUAAACGCCACUCAAGAACUACUAUGCACCAGAAACAACAUACAGCGCCUGAUGAAGAAGUGCGUGGGACUGGCACAACAGUUGGAAGCGGCGGUCGCUGCGGGCGCGGGCAGGUUAAAACAACCUGCUAUUUUGGAUCCUAACUUAAAACUAGCCCCAUACCAGCUGAUCGGCCUCAACUGGCUAGCGGUGUUACAUAAGCAAGGAGUAUCGGGCAUCUUGGCUGAUGAAAUGGGUCUGGGCAAGACCAUCCAGGUCAUAGCCUUCCUCGCACAUUUGAAGGAAACCGCGCAGGCGAGGGGCACGCAUUUGAUUGUCGUACCAGCUUCCACACUUGACAAUUGGAGCAGUGAGCUGGCCCGUUGGUGCCCCGCGUUACGCGUGAGCAAGUACUACGGCGUCCCCGAGGAGAGGCGACAACUUCGGAUAGAAUACUCCAGAGGCUUGGACAAGAUCGAUAUAGUCCUUACUACGUACACAAUGGUGAGCAGUUGUGCGGAGGAACGUAAGAUGUUCCGCAUAACGCCCAUGCACUACGUGGUCUACGACGAGGCGCACAUGCUCAAGAACAUGUCCACACAAAGAUAUGAUAAUCUUCUCAAAAUUAAGUCCAAGCACCGGUUGCUGUUAACUGGUACUCCUCUACAAAACAAUCUUAUAGAACUGAUGUCCCUGCUCUGCUUUGUGAUGCCUCACAUGUUCUCCGGAAAGACCGAAGACCUCAAGAAUCUAUUCCAGAAAAAUGCUAAAGCAAAGACAACAAAGAAAGCCGAGGGCAGCACCGAUGAAGAGAUACCAGCCUUUGAACAGAGUCAAAUCACACAAGCCAAGAGGAUCAUGAAGCCAUUCGUACUGAGGAGACUAAAGACUGAUGUGCUCCAAGACUUGCCAAAGAAAACCAACCAGACUGUGCUAUGUCCAAUGUCAGAGAAACAACAAAGACAGUACAAAGAUCUCAUAGCAGGAUUCUCCGCUAAGGACGGCACGAUACACUCAACAACUGAACAAAACGGCAUGUCAAUGAUGAUGGACAUGCGUAAACUGGCCAACCACCCUCUGCUCCUGCGAUACUUCUAUGACCAGAACACUACGAGGAAGAUAGCCAGCCGACUGACAAAGGACCCCGGCUAUAAGGAGAAGAACGAGCAGUAUGCGUUUGAAGACCUCAUGUGCAAGUCUGACUUUCAGAUGCAUCAGCUCACCCAGCAAUAUCAGUGUAUAAGUGCAUUUGCAGUACCAGAUCCAUUAAUAGAAGACUCGGGAAAGUUCCUCAAGCUGGAUGAAAUGCUGCCCAGACUGAAGGCCGAGGGGCACAGGGUGCUGAUCUUCAGUCAGUUCACGAUGAUGCUGGACAUCCUGGAGCCCUACCUGCAGUUGCGGAACCAUCGCUACCUGAGGCUCGAUGGCACCACUGCAGUUAACGAGAGACAAGAGCUAAUAGACCAAUACAACAAUGAGGACAUCUUUGUCUUCCUACUGUCGACCAAAGCGGGUGGUCUUGGCAUCAACCUCACCGCCGCGGACACUGUCAUCAUACAUGACAUUGAUUUCAACCCUUACAAUGACAAACAGGCUGAGGAUAGAUGUCAUAGAAUGGGUCAAAUCAAACCCGUCACUAUCUACAGACUGCUGAGUGCGGGCACUAUAGAAGAGGGCAUAUACCAAGUUGCGCAGGAGAAGUUGAACCUUGAAAAGCACGUCACUGGGGUUGAUGAAAACGAGCCAACGGAACAGAAGAAUGUAGUCCGCCUCCUUUCGGCUGCCCUUGGUUUAUGCGCGCCCAACCAAUGACAGGGAGCCUCCGAAGGUGUCAUUGUCCUCGAAUAGUGGCCAGUGACACGCUUGUCAUGACCAAAGUUGUCAUGACUAACGUUUAAAUAGUGACCAAAACAGUGCUUGUAAACUAAAAACACAGUGCGCCUGUAUAUGUGAUUGUCAUCGAGUAGUGACCGGUGAUGUCCUUGUUGUGACCCAAGUUGUCAUGACUAGUGAAUGAAUAAAAAGUGACUUAAAUAGUACCUACAUAAAAGUUAGAAUACACUAAAUUAUUAAGAAUGCAGUGCGCCACCUAUAAUAUGCUUUUGGUUUAAGUUUACCCAGCAAAUGAUAGAGGGCUAUCUAGCGCGUCAUCGUUAUACAAUCUCUAUGGUAUAACGAUGACGCCCGAUGACUCGCUAGUGACCAAAAUUGUCAUGACCAAUAAAAUAGUGACUAAUAAAGUGCACGUAAACUAAGAAAUCCAUGCACCUCAAUAAACUAGUAAGGCUGUCUUCACUUUGUAUGCGUGCGAAAUUCAAUCGUGCGAAUAUGUAUUAAAAGAUACGAACGAUUCUGAUUCUUCACAUACUAUGGGUAUGCUCACACUGAACACGAGUUGAUCGUACAUAUUAUAUGACUACUUAAAGGGUUGGGAUUGUUCGUACAUGUUCGUACAUGCUCACAGAAUUUGUACGAAAACGUAUGCAAAGUGAGCACAGCCUAACACACAGGUCAUGACCAAGAUUAUCAUGACUUUUAAAGUAGUGACUAAGAAUACAUACACCUCUCUUUUUGCCUACUCUUGAUCUGAGCACACCAAAGAAAAUAUGAUGAGUGACCGUAGGUGUCAUCAAUAUUGAAUGAUGACAAAAAAAUUAAAUCCAUGUCAAUAAAGUCAUGGUCACUAUCUAAUCCAUACAUAUUAUAAAUCCGAAAGUGUGUCUGUAUGUCUGUCUGCUUGCUUUUCACUGUGCAUCCAUUUAACUGACUUUUUGAUAAAAGGUAUAGGAAUAGCUUGCAUCCUGGGGAUAGACAUAGGCUAUUUUAUAUCCUGAAAAAUCAGUUUCUAUGGGAUUUUUUAAAACAUAAAUCCAUGCGGAUCAAGUCAUCGUCUAGUAUUACAAAUACAUGAAUUCGGUGAAAAUGACGUCAGGAAACCAGCUGGUCGAUUGCGGAAAACUGCAUCAAUCAUUAUUACUAUCGCAAUUGUUAUGAUUAGCUCAAUUUAUGGUGGUCUUGUUGCAACACUGAAUUGUAGCCAAUGGUGAGCGAGCGUCGACCAAUCAGAGGUGAUUGCGAUUGUGACAUUCUAACUGUCAUUCUACCGGAAUCGAGCCACUGUUGACCCUGAUCACUUUCGCAGUAGCACUUGGAAUAUAUAAAAUAUUUUCUGGCCUUAAAAAUUACUAUUGAGAUUAUUAAAUGUAUAAGACAUGAUAUUUCUGACAUAAAUACAGUGCGCGCGAUACAAGUAGUACAAUCUGAAAACGAGGCAUUUGAGUGCACAUUACUCUUUAGUCUUUGACCUGCGCAACAGCCAUGUUGCAACUUCCGAUUGAACUACUUGUUUUGCGCCCAUUAUAUUUAUUGUUUGGAACAGGAAAACUUAUACCUUAAGCGGAAUUUACAUUACAAAAUUAGAAGCGUGAAAUUAGUUUCACACAAUUAAUGUCAAACUAAUUUCGUGCCACUAAUUUAGUAAUGUGAAUUCCGCUUUACAGGAAUUUUGUAUAUUGCCUAUAUUAUAUUAAGAUAAAAAAUAAACAAAAAAAAAAGACUAGAUAAUUCUUUAGAAUGGGAAUAAUAUAUUCAGCAAAAUUGCGUAUAAAACUCUUGUAUGUUGUGCUACUCAAUGCUGAGGGUGGUGAGUUUAUGACCCCUUCCAUUAAUCACAUUAUGGUAGUAACAAUAUGCUAAUGGGUGAUGAAUUAUUGUAAGAUAUAGGUAGAGAAACUAAAAUUGCUUGCAAAAAUGUAUUUAACAGUGAUAUUACAAAGUAUUCAAUAGUUCAAUAAAAAAACUGAAUAAAUUAAACAAUAAAUUGUUUAUACUGCCAUGAAAAGAAGUGUGAUGUUUUCAGGGUUCAUAUAAUAUUGUGUGUAUGUGAGUUUCAUUAUUCCACCAUAACUUCUAAAUGUUUCCACAGAGUUGUAUUUAUAGGGUCCGUACAUCAUCUUGAGUGACACUGGCUAUAUUUUUAAAAAAUUCAAUAUGGCGGGUAUAUGGGCGCCCUUUUCAAAUGUGAAAAUUUGCGAAAUUAAAAUCAGUGGCAUUGAAAUUUUGACUUUAAAUUAAGCAUGUUGAGGGCCAUUUUGCUUUGACGUUAUUGUGUUUCGACCUUCGAAUUCUAACAACGUUGAUGAGAUGUUGAAUCUCACACACACUGUAUUCUAAGAUUAAUAAAAAAAAACCUGCGGCGUGCAAUGUGUUAUGGACUUAUGAGUAUGGACAAAGUUUUACUUUUUAAGUUACUCUUAUUGAUUAAAUUAGUGGUAAUAAAUUACUUUAAUAUUUUACUAGAAAUUCUGAUAUUUACGUGAAACAAAUAAAUUAAUAACUAGUU